CAGCUUCAUCAUGGCUGGGCACCUGCUGUUUGUGAUCCUCAUCUAUUCUUUGAAUGAGAUCAAAGCACAAGCCCUUCUUCCACCUAAACUGACACUGAGUAAAACAGAGAUCAGGGAGACAGACUCAGUCACAAUGAACUGUGAGGCUCCAUCCUCUGUUUCUGUAACUCAGUGUUAUUUCUACACUUUGAGUGGAGGAACAGUCAGAAAUUUGCCGUGUAUAAAGAGACUGACAGGAGCUGAACUGCUAGACUUGGCGAAUCUCAGAUCACCUGCUGAAGUUAAAGUGCGCUGUUAUUAUUCUGCACAGCCUGGAUGGUUAAAGUCUCCAGAUGGUAGCAUAUCUUCCAUCAACAUACAAACUUCUCUUCCACCCAAACUCAUUGUUAAUCCUAUGGUGAUCACAGACACCGACACAAUCACAUUGAACUGUGAGACUCCACCAUCUGUUUCUAUCGCUCAGUGUCAUUUCUACACUUCGAGUGGAACAAUCAAAAAUUUUUCAUGUAUGAAGAGACUGACAGGAACUGAACUACUGGACUGGGCAAUGCUCAGAUCACCUGCUGAAGUUAAAAUAGGCUGUCAAUACAUAAUAAAGCCUAGAAAGACAAUGUCUCCAUCCAGUAACAUGUCCUGCGUUAAAGUGCAAAAUACAUAUGGAAAGGAUGGAAGCACCACAGAUUUAACAACCUUGAUUCCCAGCGAAACACCAUCUGCUAAUAGAGUUGAUACAGGUCUGAUGAAUUCAGCAUCAGCUGAUAAAAUAACAGCUGUUUUUAACACUAAAAGUACAUCCCUACCUGUAACAUCUCUGAGAACAGCACCAGCUGUUUCUAGUACUGAAAGUACAUCGCUACCUGUAACCACUCUGAGAAGAGCAUCAAAGACACUGAAACUGCUUGUUGUUUUGGCUGGUUGUGGAGUAGCUGUGGGUGUUUCCUUACUGGGAUUUGCACUUAUGAGGAAUCUACGGAAAACUGGUGGUAAAGAUGGCUUAACGAACAAACGAUGUCUUGGAAAGCUGUUACCCAAUGAGGAAGCAAACAUGGCAAUAAACUCAGUACCUGCUCCUGACAACCCUGUUGCAGAUUUUAUUGAACAAGGUGGGAAGAAUCCUCAGAAUAAUGAAUCUGAUACAUACGAUUUGUACGCCACCAUCCCUCAGGAGCCAGUUCCAUUAUCGCUGAUGGGUAUGGUUUAUAGCACUGUGGAGGCACACUGAAACAGAAACUUUUGUUGAAACAAAGGGGAAGCAAAUACUGUACAUGAUAGAAGUGCUUUAAAUUCAGACCUUGUGUUAUAAAUUGACUGCCACUAGUCAAUGUGACAAUAUUGAAUUCACCAAGGUUCACCAAUUUAUAUACAAAUAUUAAACAUUUUUUGUAUAAUGUUCAAGAUAUUUUACCCUAAUUUUACCCUAAGUAAAUGCAAUGGUGAUUUAUGUCAUCAAACUGAAUUAAAAAAAGUUUUAAAAAAGUACUUUAAUGUACUUUAAUACUAAAAAAGAAAACAGUCUCAAUGUGGAAAUAUAUUUCUGUUCAUGUUCUCUAAAAGCAGACUAUGAAUAAAGAAUUGCAUUUGUUUGCUUGUUCAGAUACUUAGGCACUAAAUUUAGAUCUUUCAUCUUGCCUUGAAUAAGUAACACCUCACAUAAAACCUGAA